CAGCUCUCCAGCUCACGACUUAGAAAGGAUCGCGGUCUUCGAUCUAGCCAAGAAUGGAACAAAGCGAGCCGCUCGGCGGAUUCGAGAUUUGCGCCUGCAGGUGUUUUAGACCGCCGUAAAACUUUCACUGGGAAGAAUUGCGGCGGAUGCAAUUCAGAAAAAAAUUAUUCACUUGACACUUUUUUAUCUUUUUUGACUCGUGUUUCAAUAGGAGAAAAGUAUUCUAUUUUAUUCACUCCUAUUCCCGGUGAAAUCCACGCCUGACCCUAUUCGAAAUGGCAGGGCUGGGAGAAGGGAAAGAGAAGAAGCGGAAGUUGCAGGAUGUGCCCGAAAUCGAGAUUGAUGUCGCUGCACCAGAACCUCCGUCCAAAAAGGCUCUACGCAAAGCAAAAAAGAAGGGCACCGCCAGUGAUCAUGAGGCAGUAACGGGCCCUACAUCACAGCAUUCCGAAGCCCCUCAAAAAAUCGCAGAUCAAGAUUCGUCCAACCACCGUUCGUCACACGGCGUCUGGAUCGGAAACCUUGCAUUCUCCGUCACGAAAGACGACCUUCGCAAGUUCAUCAUAAGCAAUUGUACCUUUCCCGAUAGCACGAUUACGCGACUGCAUCUUCCAAGUGGCCCGGAGAAGUACGGGAAGGCACAGAACAAAGGAUUUGCUUAUGUCGAUUUCUCGAACGCUAAGGCUGUGAAAGAGGCUAUUGCGCUCAGUGAGCAGCUUCUAUCGGGACGCCCCGUUUUGAUUAAAGAUGCACAUGAUUUCAAGGGCCGACCAGAGAAGCACCAGGAAGGACCUGGAGGGUCAACCCCGGGCGACUCUGGAAAACUGCCCUCGAAGCGUAUCUUCGUUGGUAACCUAGGUUUCGACGCCACAAAGGAGAUCAUCGAAGAGCACUUUGAAAGAUGCGGUACUAUCACAAACAUUCACCUAGCAACUUUCGAGGACAGUGGAAAAUGCAAGGGAUACGGUUGGGUUGAAUUUGAGGAUAUUGAAGCCGCAACGGCAGCAGUCCGCGGUUUCGUCAACAUCGCGGAGGAGGAGGAGGAGGAGGAAGACAUCAAAGAAGAAGAUGCUGAAGACUCUGCUGCUGGGAAUAAAGCGAAGCCCAAGAAACCGAAGUUCCGGAAAGUAUGGGUUAACAGACUGCUCGGUCGGCAUCUGAGGACAGAAUUCGCAGAGGACCCGGCUACUAGAUAUAAAAAGCGCUUCGGAAAAGAGAGCAAGAAUAAGGACGGUCCGGUCGAGCAUUACGGCGAUGUAACAGCGUCCGACAACCAUACGAGACACUCCAAUCCUAAACCGCGUUUUACGAAACCCAAGGGAGACAGCCAUGACAAUUCCCGCUAUUCGAAAGAGACUGUGCAGAGGCUGAGUGGUGCAAUUGUCGCGUCCCAGGGAAAGAAAGUUACGUUCGAUUGAGAAAGCAGCGCGCUUUCCCGACAGAUCUCACACUGACAGCCAUGUUGGCUCUGGGGGACACCGUCAUUAGUUCUCUUAAGGGCCCCGUUGUCAGCGGCCUCUCUUGGCCGCUUGCAUACCGAGGAGCAGCUGGUUGAGCAUUCCCAAGGGAAGUUG